GUUUCCUCUCAAGGACUCGAAGCGUCUGCUCCAGUGGCUGAAGGCGGUGCAGAGGGACAACUGGACGCCCACCAAGUACUCCUUCCUCUGCAGCGAGCACUUCACCAAAGACAGCUUCUCCAAGAGGCUAGAGGACCAGCAUCGCCUGCUCAAGCCUACAGCCGUGCCCUCCAUCUUCCACCUGGCGGAGAAGAAGAGAGGGGCUGUAGGCCAUGGCCGCACCCGGAGAAAGGACGCUCGCAAGGCCCCUGGGGGCGUGAGGGGGCCCACGAACACAGCGGCCAGGAAGGGAGCCGCAGGGUGGGCGCUGUCCCCGGCUGAAGACCCCAUGGCCAGGCCCGAGUCCCUCAAACUGAAGCGAGCGGCACUGCAUGCAGAGGCCUGGCCCGGGCCUGCCCCAGCCCCAACAGCUAUGGGCCAGGAGCAGACCAGGCGCUCCCAGGAGAGAACUCCAGAAGGGCUGGCCCCUGCAGGACCAGCAGCAGGCAGCCAGGGGCCAGCAGAGGAGCCUGCUGCAGAUGCUGGCAGCCAUGGGGACACCACCGCCCCCAGCUCUGGGGGCCUGGCAGAUAGGAAUGGCAUCUCCAAGGACGACUUCUCCCCCCCAGGCUCCGGGGCGUGCAGGUUCAUCGACUCACUGCACUCCUACAGUUUCUCCUCCAAGCAUGCUCGGGAGAGGCCGUCCGUGCCCCGGGAGCCUGGGGACCGCAAGAGGCUGAAGAGAGACGUGGAGCCAGGCUGCAGCGGGACCAGCCUGGGGCCUGAAAAGGGCCUGGCCCAGAGCCCCCCGGGCUCCUCGCUCACGGCCACACCUCAGAAGCCGUCCCAGAGCCCCUCAGCCCCACCGGCUGACGUCACGCCGCAACCCGCUGCCGAGGCCGUGCAGAGCGAGCUCAGCGAUGCCAGCCCCAUGUCCAUUAACGAGGUCAUCCUGUCGGCAUCGGGUGCCUGCAGGCUCAUCGACUCACUGCACUCCUACUGCUUCUCUGCCCGCCAGAGCAAGAGCCAGGUGUGCUGCCUGCGUGAGCAGGUGGAGAAGAAGAACGGCGAGCUGAAGAGCCUGGGGCAGCGGGUCAGCCGCUCUGACAGCCAGGUGCGCAAGCUGCAGGAGAAGCUGGACCAGCUGGAGAGAGUGAGCCUCCCCUACCUGGGCGGUCUGCCGGCCCCCAGCCGCGAGCCCCCCACGAUGAACCCCGUGGUGGAGCCGUUAUCCUGGAUGCUGGGCACCUGGCUGUCCGACCCGCCGGGGGCUGGGACCUUCCCGACGCGUCAGCCCUUCCAGUACCUGGAGGAGGUCCACAUCUCCCAUGUGGGCCAGCCCAUGCUGAACUUCUCGUUCAACUCCUUCCACCCAGACACGCACAAGCCGAUGCACAGGGAGUGCGGCUUCAUCCGCCUCAAGCCGGACACCAACAAGGUGGCCUUCGUCAGUGCCCAGAAUACAGGCAUCGUGGAAGUGGAGGAGGGCGAGGUGAACGGGCAGGAGCUGUGCAUCGCGUCCCACUCCAUCGCCAGGAUCUCCUUCGCCAAGGAGCCUCACGUGGAGCAGAUUACCCGAAAAUUCAGGCUGAAUUCUGAAGGCAAACUUGAACAGACGGUCUCCAUGGCAACCACUACACAACCAAUGACUCAGCAUCUUCAUGUCACCUACAAGAAGGUGACCCCGUGACCCAGAGCAGAACCCAUGAGGAGAGGCGGCCGAGGGGCCUGGUGACUGUACCCAGUGGCUUCUCAGCGGUGUCCCUGGCAGCUGUGGGCGUGGCCCCGAGCUGCUGUCGGGUCGAGUGUUGUCCAGAUGUUUCUGUAAUGGCAUAGAAAAACCAAAUAAAAGGCCUUUAUUUUUAUGGCUGAGGA